CCUGCACGAGGCCCCGCCCCACCUGCGCGAGGCCAUCGCGGGGAGAUGGCGACUUCACCGGACGCUACCUCCUCUGCGCUGCCGCCCUCCCAGCUGCCCCCGGUGGUCCGCCUCAACGUGGGGGGGCUGCACUUCACCGCGGCGCUCGGCACCCUGCGCAGCGCCCCCGGCUCCCGCCUCAGCGACCUCUUCGGCGAGCCGCCCGGCCGCCCGGCCUCCCCGGGGGAGGCGGCCGCGGCCGCGGCCUGGGAGGGCCGCCAACCGCCCCUGCGGUUGGACGAGGAGGGCCGCGUGUUCCUGGACCGCGACGGCAGGCACUUUGGGCACGUGCUGGCCUUCCUGCGGGAGGGCGCCACGCCGCCGGCCGAGGCCCCCAACGGGCUCCGGGAGGCCCUGGCCGUCCACGCGGAGGCGACGUUCUGGGGCCUGGAGGCCAUGGCCAGGGCCCUGGAGGAGGCGCCGGCCCUGUUCGGCGAGAUGGUGGCACGGAGGCAGUUCUGCGCGCAGGUGCCCAGCUACCGCGAGAACAUCGAGAUCAUGAUCCGCGUGGCUCGCGCCGAGGCCCUGGCAUCCCGGGUAUCCCGAGUUCUGGUCCACGUGAACAAGAGCUCCGAACACGAGCUCCACGACCACCACCACCACCACCACGACGAUGGGGGUGCCAGGCGCGCACACGCUUGCUCUCUCCACGGGGAGCAGUACCUCGUCAACUUCGGACCCUGGAGUGUAGAGCCUGGGGUUCGGGACCUCCUCGAUUGUGUCAAGGUGGACGUGGAGGCACUGGGCUACCGCGUCACCUGGGAGGAGCGGCUGCCCCCACCGGGAGAGGGGGGUGGCGACCGGGGGGCGGGGCUCGCUGGGCUCUUCCGCGGGCCCCCGGCUCCCCCCCCAUCCUGCGGCCUCUACGAGUUCCUCUUCCACUGGUGGUGACCUCGGUGGGGGGCUCGUGGGGGGGGGGGAGGGGGGGG